AGAAGUUAUAAAAGAGCCAAGGUUCCCUAUUCCUGUUCUAGAUGGUCCAGGGAUAUAGUUUACCUAUGGAAAAAUGUAACUUACGGCUACUGGCAUUAGUUCAAGAUUUCAGGAACACUUAAUCUUAAAUAAACCUCCACUGUACUUUUAAAUUCACAUAAAGCUCUACAAAGAAGUUUCUCAUGCCUUGGAUUAUCUUCUUGCGGAGUUGGAAAGCGCCAGCCCACUUAAAUUGCUUCGUUCUUUUUGUGUAACUUUAUUAUAAAUUGCUGUUCCCGGGAAGGCAAAACGCCAAAGCCAGAUUUUCAGCUUUCACUCUCUUCCAGCUAUUCUUUUCAUGAGCGAGAAACCAUCAACUUCCUUUCCUAUUUCCGGUGAAAUUGAGUUUGAAUGAAUGGGCUCCUGUAUUUCUGUAUGGUCAGAUAAUAAUUGCCCAGCAUGUUGGCACUACCAGACAUAGCUGUAAACAUGACCUGAUACCUUGAGGACUAUAUGCAUGGCCAACAAGUGAUCUGCAGACCAUGGAGCUGAAGGUGUGGGUCGACGGAGUCCAAAGGAUUGUUUGUGGAGUCACAGAAGUUACAACUUGUCAGGAAGUCGUUAUAGCCCUUGCCCAGGCUAUAGGUCGUACCGGAAGGUAUACUUUGAUAGAAAAAUGGAGAGAUACAGAAAGACAUUUAGCGCCUCACGAAAAUCCUAUCAUUUCUUUGAACAAAUGGGGACAGUACGCCAGCGACGUGCAACUCGUCUUGCGGCGUACCGGGCCGUCGCUUAGCGAGCGGCCGACUUCGGACAGCGUCGCUCGGAUCCCGGAAAGGACUUUGUAUCGGCAGAGCCUCCCUCCCUUGGCCAAGCUCCGGCCCCAGAACGACAAGUCGAUUAAAAGGAGAGAGCCCAAACGUAAGUCCUUGACUUUCACCGGCGGCGCCAAAGGAUUAAUGGACAUUUUUGGGAAGAGCAAAGAGCACGAGUUCAAGCAGAAGGUCCUCCACUGCAAGACCACAGUGGAUGAGUUGAAAAAGCUGGUGCACCUCCAGACGGAGAAGUUGCAGUCGGUGGAGAAACAGCUGGACACCAACGAGGCCGAGAUCAGAUACUGGGAGCAGAAGUUCAGCUUCAGCCUGGAGGACGAAAUUCUCAAGCUGGAGCAGAAGGUCAAGCGGAACGAGGUGGAGAUCGAGGAGGAGGAGUUUUGGGAGAACGAGCUCCAGAUUGAGCAGGAGAACGAGAAGCAGCUGAAGGAGCAGCUGCAGGAGAUCCGGCAGAGGAUAUUGGACUGCGAAAGCAAGCUGAAGGACUACGUGGUCCAGAUCCACCACAUGGAAAGCGGCCUGGAAGCGGAGAAGUUGCAACGGGAAGUCCAGGAGGCUAAGGUCAAUGAAGAAGAAGUCAGAGAGAAGAUCGACAAAGUCAGAGGAGAGCUUGACCUCCAUGGCCAGCAAAGUCUCCGCCUGGAAAACGGCAUCAAAGCGGUGGAAAGGUCUCUGGGACAAGCGGCCAAGCGGUUACAGGAAAGAGAACAAGAACUGGAGCAGCUGACAAAAGAACUGCGUCAAGUCAACCUCCAACAGUUCAUCCAACAGACGGGGACAAAAGUCACGGUCCUUCCGGCUGAACCCAUUGAAUCGGAGGCUUCACACCCAGAGCUUGAGAAAGAACCCGUCUUUCAGACCAGCUCCCUCAAACGCCCAACUUCCUCAAGGCAGCUUCCCAGCAACCUCCGGAUCUUGCAGAACCCGCUGUCCUCUGGUUUUAACCCCGAGGGCAUUUACGUAUAACAGCCUGAAGUUCUUCUGGAGAGGACGUUUCAAGAUACCAAGGACCACACACCCGUUUCCUCCUGUUGGAUUUCUUCUCCCCGGGACGUGUGGAGAAAGAAGAAGACCAAACCUGGCAUUCUAAAUGCCACACAGGGGCAUUUCAUUGCCUGAUUUUUAAUCCGAUUUGCAACAAGCGUGGAGUCCCGCGCCGGGCGCUGAUUACGAUGAAAAAGAAACAGAACAGCCUCCGCCGUUGCUUCCAGAACAGCCAUGUGAAAAUAGCUUUCUUUGUUUUGUUUUAAAUAUUAUUACUGCUGUUUCUGAAGCAUUUGGAUAAAUAUUUCUUGGCAGGCAUCCGUGGCUGAUCAGAGCCCCCCCCCCCAAAAAAAUUGCUCACUCUAUGUCAGGAGUGGGGAACAAUAUGACUUUUAUGACUUGUGGACUUCAACACCCAGAAUUCCUGAGCCAGCAUGGCUGUUUUAGGAAUUCUGGGAGUUGAAGUCCCUCAUAGCUGUCUCAGGAAUUCUGGGAGUUGAAGUCCCUCAUAGCUGUCUCAGGAAUUCUGGGAGUUGAAGUCCACAGGUCAUAAAGGGGCCAUCGUUCCCUACCUCUGCUCUAUGCAGUUGGAUUAGGGAUUAAUUUAUUCCAUUUUAAUUGAAGAACAUGUGUGAAUGUGGGCACAUCGUUUCUAGUUGCAGGUCUUGCUUUAGAGCAGGACUGCAUUACCCCCAUCCAUGGCAGUUGCUAUCUAAGAUGCCAUUUUCAAUUAAGUUCUCCCUCUAUCCUUGUUUACUCUUGUGUAGCAUCACUUUACACCAGGAGGUCUUCAAACUUGGCCCUUUUAUGACUUGUGGACUUCAACUCCCAGAAUUCCUCAGCCAGGUACUUUGGCUGAGGAAUUCUGGGAGUUGGUCCACAAGUCAUAAAAGGGCUAAGUUUGAAGACUCCAGCUUUACAUUAUGUGUUGAUAAGAGCUUGGUAGAUCUUACCCAACCUGUUGCUAGUUGGGGAUGUGGUGAUGAAGCUGCAGCUCAGGGUGAGGGAUCCUAAAUAUUAAAGAAAAGGCAAACAUAUAGCUUUCUUCAGUUAUUACUAGGUUGCAAGCUUUAGUAUGUUUCAUAAUUGGUCAUGCUAGGAAUGUCCACUCCUGCAAGGUAGCUGAAAGAGAGUUGAAGGACAAAAAUUGGAUAAAGUUCCAUUUUAGGUCAGGUAUAACUUGGGUUUUGCCCAUAAUGAUGCCAUGCCUGCAGCGUGAAAGUUGUGUUUGUGUACGUGUGUAGGUACGUAAGAAAGAGAGAGAAAGAGUCUACACAGGUAUGAAUGAAUGUGUGUGACGAUCAAAACAAUGUGGUGUUCCAUCACCACAAAGAGUCACAACGUCCAAACUUGUUGAAGCUUAAAAGAAAAGAGUUUUGAAGUUUGUUUUGUGGUGGGUUUUCUUGUGUUACGGCCAUUGUGAGAUCCCCCCCUUUUUUUUUUUUUUUUUUUUUUUUUUAGUAGCCAGUGGAUUUUUCCCACUUAUAAAGAUCCCCGGGCCUGAAACUCCACAUUGUAAAGAUAGAUUUAGCAUUUCAAGACCUCCUAGUUAGAUAGCAUUUUAUGAUAAUGAAGUUUAUAUUUAAGAUAUUUUGCCAUAAGGAAUAUGCCUAUCAAAGAACAAAAUACUAUAUCUCCUGUCCAAUGUCUUGCCAAAGGAAUUUCUCACCGUUUAUUUUAUUUUAUUUUAUUUUAUUUUUACCACUACAGUGUUCUUGUAUUAUAGCCAGGACAGGCACAAUCAUCCAUUAUAAUGUGGAUUUGUGCCACUUACAAUUUAUGGGGUUGGCCAGCUGCUUAACAACAUAUUUUUUUGCAAAACAGGUCCAUCAGUCCAACUUGGUUUGGGUUGUACAUAAAAUUGAUGAAAAAUGCUCAGGCCACAGGAUGUGAAAUAGUUGGACAGCUCCACCCUAAUGCCUUGCCUAUA